AUGUCAACACCGUCAUCAUUUCCAGGAAACCAAACAUCCAACUUUACCGAGACUGAUUAUGCCGUCGACUAUGUUGGUAAUGGAAACUCUUCUGGUAAUGGAGAAGAUGAAUGUGACUUAUGUAAAGAUGAAUCAUCUCUAAUUGAGUGGCCAUAUUUCAAUUUAUUCGGGAAAGGAUACUGGGCCAUUGUUUUGAGCAUAGCCAUAAUAGGUACCAUUGGCAACAUCGUGCAGUUCAUAAUGAUGAGCGACUCCAAGUUAUCUUCACUCUCCUACAGCGUGUACCUGAAAUUCCUUGCUGUGUCUGAUUCCUUGGUCCUGAACGCGACUCUUCUUGUGGAGACUGAAACACAGUUUUGUCUGCUGUCUUUAUUUACCAUCAACGACGCUCUCUGCAAAAUCCUCGCUAGCUACGGUCUGUGCACGAUGAUGCUAUCGCCCUGGCUGGUGAUGGGACUUACUCUCGACAGAUUCGUAUGCGUCUGUUAUCCACUGACGCGCGUACGAUUUUGUACGAGGAAGAAAGCCAUUGUCGUCUGUUCGAGUAUGACUGUUGCAGCCAUCUUGUUAAUUACACCGGUUUUGGUCCUCCUGAAGUUGGAAAAUUAUGAAUGUAUAUCCUCCUCUGACCAUCUCGACGUCUACGUCAUGUUCAUACGUCUGAUAAUGUCCUCAGUGAUACCUUGUGUUGCCAUCCUCGUCCUCAACAUCGUUAUAAUUAUUCGCAUCAAGCGAAGCAACGAGUUUCGAAACAUGUUCUUAAGGCAAAGGGCAGAUCAUACAAAAGACAGCGCAACACGUCCCCUGGUGUUAAUCUCGGUACUUGCCUUUGUAACCAUUUUGCCAUACUCAGCAUCCACAGUCAUCUCUAGGGUGUUCGUCUUACUGCAGACAGGCAGGGAAGUUGUGUUGCUGAGCAGCAGGUUGUCGCCAGUCUUCAACGUAAUCUUCUUGCUCAAUUUUGGACAGAACGUUUUCAUCCUGAUGGGAAGUUCACAAAAUUAUCGACGGAUUAUGAAAAGAAAACUGGGAUGCUUCUCUGAGAAGAGGACACCAACGCGACAGAAUCCAGGACCAGCGCCAAUUGUUGGUUCCACGGAGAAUGCGGAUGGUACUUCUAUUUCGAUAAACAAUAUGGAAGAUAUUUCAUUGUCAGUGGCUACCGCUGAUACCACACGUUCAGAUAUGACAGUUCCGUAG